AUGGCAACAACAGCCUCCUCGAACGGCCAAACAAACGGCACAUCCUCUCUCAAAAUCACCAAACGCCCAUGGAACGCCCGUGGCCACGGAGACCACGGCUGGCUAUACACCUUUCACACCUUUGCCUUCGCCGGCUACUACGACCCUCAGAACUCUGAGUUCGGCCCUCUGCGCGUCAUCAACGAAGACCGCGUCGAGAAAGGCACAGGUUUUGGCACGCACAGUCACGCCGAGUUCCUCAUCUGGUCCUACAUCGUCUCCGGCGAGCUCGAGCACAAAGACAGCAUGGGCAACCUGGAGAACUUGAGGAGAGGGGAGGUGCAGUUCACGAGUGCUGGGACGGGGAUCAGGCAUUCGGAGUAUAACCGCAAUAAGAAGGAAGAUGUGCAUUUCCUCCAGAUAUGGGCAAAGCCUAACGUUCGCGGCUUGACGCCUUCAUACAAGACGCGCAAAUUCACGGAUGAGAUGAAGCAGGAUAAACUCGUACGGAUCAUGGAGUCGACGGAGCGGCAUUCGGGGAAGGACGGUGAGACGGAGUCGAUCCCUAUGCACUCGGAUGUUUCGAUGAGCGCGAGUAUACUGGCGCCGGGGAAGAGCGUAACGCAUGAGCUUGUGGCGGAGGGGGAGCGGAAUGUGUAUCUGCAUGUUGUGAUGACGGAUCGUACGCAGCCGAAAAGCGGGGGUUCGAAGAUUCGUGUCGGGGAUGUGGAGUUGGGGGAGGGCGAUGGGGCGUAUGUGAGGGGUGCGAAGGGGCCGGGGAAGAUUGAGGUGGAGAGCGUUGGGGAGCGCCAGGCGGAAUUCCUCCUUUUCGAUAUGGGGAAGUAG